AUGGUUGGAGACAAAGGCUCUACUAAAAUAUAUAUUUGGUUUAUUAGAUUGUUGUAUAUAUUAAAUGCCGGUAUAAACAUCAAUGACCAAAUAAGUCUUUUAGUUACUAUCUCCAAUGGCAACAUUCCAGUUGAUUUUUCAGCCAACGACACUGAAACAUUAAGACAAUUGAUUUCACAAGUUAAUUUUACAGAUUUUUCAAAUAUUGAUCAAGUAUUGGCACAAUUACCACCACAAAUCAUGUCGUUAAUACCAAUGGAAACUAUACAAUCAAAAAUUCAAGAGAUGAAGGCCCUUAUGAGAAUAAUAUCUGGAAUGCCUCAAACAAACCAAGAAAACCAUAUGCCUCAAAAAUCCAUAUUUACAUACGCGCGCUCUCACACUAACACAAAAAUAAAACAACCCUCUCAAAACCCGCAUUCACACAAAAAUUAUUAA